AGAACUCGCCCUCAAUCUGACACAUGGUCACUCUGACAAAAAAUUGAACACCAGCCGAAAUUGAUUUUUCGCUGCGACUCAUCGAAACUGAAACUGAAAGCCUGGGACUACAAAUUCUUCUGAACCGAACUCGAGAACUUUGUUUAUUGGCAGUAACAAGAAAAAAUUAGAAUGACAACCUCGCAGGUAGAUCAGAAGCGUGCCCUCAAUAAGCUGAAGCACGACCUGGAACCUUUCCGGACGGCAAUCGUGGGUGCUUACGGAGUGCUAACCUGGGAGAAGCAGUACUACGCCGGAGUGGUGUUUGGGGGAAUCAGCGUGUUAUACCUGGUGCUCUGGUACCUGGACCUCUCCCUGAUCACACUCCUUUCGCUUCUGGCCCUGCUGAGAAUCGUGCUCGACUACGUCUUCCCAGCCGUCUCACGGCUGUUGUUCGGCGGCAUAAACUGGGAUGGCGACCAGGAGGCAAAGUUCGAGGAUGUUUGCGGUCAGGUGUGCAGCCUUAAGGCGAACAUAGUGAUGUGGUACGAGUACCUGUUCAAGGAGCGCAAGUCCACAGUGUUUGUGAUCAUCAUCAGCUUUGGACUGUUGGCACUUGCCUGGAUCGGGGCCAUCAUCAACAACCUUUUGCUGAUGUAUCUGGCCACUUUGCUGAUCGCCAUGUGGCCGGGAUUGCAGGACAAGGACGUCUUUAAAGCCAUCACCCAGAAGGUCUCAAAGAUUAUCAAUGAGAAGAUCCAGUGCGGAAAGCGGAAGAUUCAGUAAAAAUCCGUAAUUCAAAUCUCAAACAAAAAUAACUCUCAACUCACCUCAUUCGACCAAAAAUAUUACGAUACCUAAGUCAUCAACUUGCCAUCAUGCACAGCGCAUACACAAAAACAACACCAUUUACAAAAUUAAAAUUUUGAGCAUUGCAUUUCAACUAUGUAAUAUCAUAUUAUAUAAGUGCAGCAGAAUAAUGAAGGAAUUUUCAUUGCAUCACUAGCAAAUCCCCAUCAUCCCCAUCAAUCCUAUUCCUAAGUUUUAACAUGUAAAAGCAAAGAAAUAUCGGGGCGAUUUGUACGGAGAGAGAAAAGGAAAGCGCAACAAAAGACAUUUUUGUGAUUAUUUUGUGAGUUAAUUAAAAUUUAUGAUAAUCCCGAGUAAGAUACAAAAGAACUUAAGCGUUUAAUGGACUAUAUUUAAAUAAAAGAUUUCAACUGAAUAGAUAAAAUA